AUGGAUCCCGACCCCAACGCCGGCAAGGCAUCGCCAUCGCCAUCGCCAUCGUCGGCAGCGAGCCCGGCGAUCGCAGAGGGUUUCAUGAACCCAAGCGACGCUCGCGAUGGCGAAAGCAGAGCUAAAGGCCAGCACGAUCCAGCGCGAUCAAAAGACAAAUCCAGCACACGACCUUCCCACGCUCACCUCCCCUCCCCCGUCUUAACUCCCAAUGACCCCCCCGACCCGGUCCCCGAGCCUCGCGCACAAGAACCGCCGUCGAGCUCGACUAAGGGCGUGCCGACGCCAGAAAUGUCGGGUGAGAGCAGCGAAGGCGAGAGAUCCAAACAUGAUGGAAACACACAGGCAGCCGAAGGCAAGACCCGGCCGAGGUCAAACACAAAAAGCAGUCAAACAGACGGAGUGAGGAGGUUGUCGGCGUCCAAGAUGCAGGAGUUGACCGCGCCGGAGGCGCUGCCUGUUGCGCCGGUGUCUAAUGAAACGAAUCCAGGGGAACAUUCACGAAGAGAGAAUGAGAGAGGUAGCCGCUCAAGGCCAGUUUCGACACCCCCCACAAACCGCCGCCGCUCAAGCGUCCAGCCGCCUGCCCAGCCCUCGAGCAGACGAAAUUCCUUUCAGCCUGGGCACAGACCCCCCCCAAUGGAUCUUAAAGCUACAGAGAACGCCCAAGCAAACCCUAAACCUGAAGCCCCCCCUCCGGAAAAGCGCCCAAGUGAUCCUUCGCCACCGUCACCUAUUCCGCCAACGAUACCCCUUCCCCCAAUGUCAAUACCCACACAUCUGCAAUUAGAACUAGCCGGUCAACGACCCUCCCCACUCUACAUCCACCACUCGCACACCGUCGAUAUCCCGUACGAGUCGUACGCCGUCAAGUUUGAGCGACUCAAAAACUUCUUGCUUUUGCCCUGGUUCUUGGAAAGGGCUAUGGGGUUUGGGGUGCUGGCGUGCUUGGAUGCGUGGCUGUGGACGUUUACGGUGCUACCUAUUAGGUUUUGUAUUGCUUUGGGAGUGCUGGGGAGCUGGUGGUUGCAUGCGAUUAUGGCGGAGGGAAAAUUUAUUGUGAGGUUUGUUUGGGGGGGCUUGGGGCGGAUGUGGAAAAGGGGAAGGGUCAAGAAGGCGGUUGAGGGAGAGGGGGAGCAAGUAGAGGAGUCGACGGGGAGUUCUACGGGUAUAGGGGCAGGGAAUGAGACCAAGAAGAGGAUCCCUCAAACACCUACCCAGACUCAAGGCGUUUUCCGACACCGACGAACACGCUCCAAGCCCUCCAACCUGACCACCUUCCACAAAGCCGACCUCCUCCAAGGCGCCAUCAUCCUCUGCUCCUCCAUCGCACUCAUGAACCUGGACGCCUCGCGCAUGUACCACUUCAUCCGCGCCCAGUCCGCCAUUAAGCUCUACGCUAUCUACAACCUCCUCGAGGUCAGCGACCGCCUGCUCUCCGCUCUCGGCCAGGACGUCCUCGAAUGCCUCCUCAGCACCGAGACCCUCUCCCGAAACCCGCACUCCGGCCGGUCGAGGGUGAUGCUCCCGCUCGGCAUGUUCAUCCUGGCGCUGGUGUACAACAUCUUACACUCGGUGAUUCUUUUCUACCAGGUCAUUGCGCUCAACGUGGCGGUUAAUUCAUACUCGAACGCCCUGUUGACGCUGCUGCUGUCGAAUCAGUUCGUCGAGAUCAAGAGUACUGUUUUCAAGCGGUUUGAGAAGGAGAAUACCUUCCAGCUGGCCUGCGCAGAUAUUGUUGAGCGGUUUCAACUGUGGGUCAUGUUAACCAUCAUCGGCAUGCGGAAUGUGGUUGAGGUAGGAGGACUGUCCGUCCCCGGCGCGGGGAGCGAAGACGGCCCGAGCAGUUUCCCGCUGCACACGUCGAGUAUAUUGCCAGCUAGCUUUACCAUCCUGCCGUCAUGGAUCUGGUCGGGGGAGGUGCUCUCUCCGUUUUUUGUGGUCAUCGGCAGUGAGAUGGUGGUCGACUGGAUCAAGCAUGCGUAUGUGAAUAAGUUUAAUAAUAUCAAGCCGAGCUUUUAUGGGCGGAUCCUGGAUAUUCUGUGUAAGGACUAUUAUACUAACGCCUUCGUCACUCCCUCCCUAACGCGCCGCCUUGGCCUCCCCCUGCUCCCCCUCUCCUGCCUUUUCAUCCGCGCCUCCAUCCAGACCUACAACAUGUUCCUCGCCACACAUCUCCCGACUCCGUUACCCCCAUCCACACAAACUUCACUCAGUGUCGAGUCGGCGACCCCCUCCCCAGCCAUGAUCGCCGCCCUUGACCGACUAGACAAUAUCAUCCGCAACGCCCUCGGCCGCGCAGUCUACGGCGCCCCUCCCUACCUCGACCCUUCUUCCCCCGAAUCUUUUGCGUCUGAAACAUCCCUCCUCUCCCGGAUCUUCACCCUCCGUCUAACAAGCGACGACGCCAUCGCCGCCCUCACAUUUCUAACCGUCUUCCUCCUCCUCUUCCUCAUCCUCUUACUCUGCAAACUCCUUCUAGGUAUGCUCCUUCUCCGCUAUUCGCGCAACAUCUACGCGAGGAUGAAGCUCGCGGAGCAUAACAUCUCGCUCGGGAAACAGGAGCGGGAGAGUUAUGACGCACAUGGUAAGCGGACUGGCGGGUAUGGGACCGUGGAGGUCGGGGAUGAGAGGAGGAGGUGGUUGUUUGCGGAUGAUGGGGAGGGAUUGAGGAAGGUUCGGGAGAAAGAGCGAAGGGCGGAGGAGAAGAGGGAGAAAGAGAGGGAGAGAGGGGUGGAUUUGGCGGGGAUUAGGAGGUAUGAGAUGGUUGCUAGGAGGAUUUGGUAA